CUCAAAAUUGGACUUGGUUUUCUAAAGAUUCCUUCUUCUUCACCAGCAUAUACUGUUAAAAACCCACAUCUCCAUUAAAACCAGAGAUUGACUCAUCAAUUCACCAUAAGUGAAGCAAAGCAGUUGAAUUUGAGAGAAGAAGAAGAAAUGUAUGGAGAAACAGGGCUAUUGUACCCAUAUUUCCAAAGCUUCACACAAGAUGUACAACAACUAGAGGAAUUCUAUGGAAAUCAUUAUCAACAAUAUCAUCAGAAACCCAGUGAUUCCAACUCUAUGGGGAACUUGUUAUCGGCCACCUCGUCAUUCGAAUAUGAUAUGGGAGGUGAAGGAGAUUUAUUCAAAGCGCCUGAACCAUUUCUUCAAGAACCACUCGUGGGACUUGGUAACAUGUCGGACACCAUAUCAAUGAUUACAGGUGGAAACAAUGAGAUGUCAUCUCAGACGAUGAAUGUGGUGGACAUGGAGACGAUGCAAAAUGAACAAUUACUGAAUGAGGUGUACUAUGAAUGCAAGAAGGAACUUAUGGAGAAAUCUGCCAUUGGAGAGGAACUUGUUGACAACCUCGAUGUCAAAGUUCCUGUAAUACAGAUGGAUGAGGAUCCAGAUGUGGAAAUUGAUAGGUUGAUUUCCAAUGUGUUAAUCCAGAAAACUGAGUUAUCUGAGUGUUUGGAGGAUCCUAUCGAAGAAAUAGAUAGGCUGAUGUGGGAGGGAGCGAAACAGAAAGCUGCUUGUUCCAAGUUAUUGGAUGAUGAAGUUGAGGCGAAGGACAAGUUGAAUUUGGGAGGUUUGAAACAUAACUUUGCUGCUGAUUCUAGUUGUUUGGACGAUCCGUUCAAAGAGAGGGAUAAGGUGACUCUAGAGGAUUCGAAACAGAACAGUGUUAGCUCUGACUUCUUGAGCUCAAUGGAUUGGGUACGCAGAGAUUUUAUGAGACCGAACUUUGCUGACUUUAAUGGAGUAGAUUUUGGAGCUGCUGGAAUGAGAAGAGCAUUCAGCGAGGGUGACAUACAGACUCUCUACGACGUCAAGAAUAACAUCUUGGCUUCACCUUAUGAGAGGACAUUAACCAUUGGGAAUUGCACCACUGAUGAACGCAUGCUAAAGCUUUCUAGAUACAGAAUCAAGAAGGCCAAAAGGAACUUUGGCAGGACAAUCAAAUAUGCAUGCAGGAAAGCACUGGCAGAUAAUCAACCGAGGGUUAGAGGAAGGUUUGCAAAGACUGAAGAAACGGACAUUCCAAAAAGUAAGCCAUGUAAAGCAGUUAGUCGAAGAAUUAUGAGUCAGGGUGUUGCGGAGAAGAAUCAAUAGUAGUUGUAUACCUAAUCUCCAAUAGGCGAAAGAAAUCACCUAGAUUUUCCUCUCUAAUUGAUCUUAUUUAGGUUUAUAGAACCUAAGUUAGGUACUUAGUUCGCGAACUUGUAGUUGCCGUGUUCUUACAGUCCACAAGCAAUUUGAUGUACAUAUAGGGCUUGAUGAAUGAUUAGCAAAAUUCCUGAAAUAUUCAGCUCCUUCUCUAUUUUGUAAAAUAUAUGAAUAAAUGUAUGUCCAUUUCAAUUAUGCUAUGCUAUAUAUAUCAAAAUAACUCCUCAUUUACAGA